GAGGCCCUUACAGUGCAGGGAUUGGCCAGUCUCAAGCUCUGGUAGGCAAGUGCAUGCAGUGUGCCUAAAACCGGCCAGCAGUACUUUUGAGUUUUUUUGUUUUUUGUUUUACUUUAGCAUUUAUUAUUCAUGGACUGAAGAAAUCAAAAUGGCUGAAGAUAAAGAGACAAAGCAUGGAGGACACAAGAAUGGGAGGAAAGGAGGACUCUCGGGAACUUCAUUCUUCACGUGGUUUAUGGUGAUUGCAUUGCUGGGCGUCUGGACGUCUGUAGCUGUCGUUUGGUUUGAUCUUGUUGACUAUGAGGAAGUUCUAGCCAAAGCAAAGGACUUCCGUUAUAACUUAUCAGAGGUGCUUCAAGGAAAACUAGGAAUCUAUGAUGCUGAUGGUGAUGGAGAUUUUGAUGUGGAUGAUGCCAAAGUUUUAUUAGAAGGACCCAGUGGGUUAUCCAAGAGAAAAACUAAGGCUAAAGUUAAAGAACUCACUAAAGAAGAGCUCAAGAAGGAGAAAGAGAAACCUGAGUCAAGGAAGGAGAGUAAGAAUGAAGAGAGAAAAAAGGGGAAGAAAGAGGAUGUCCGAAAGGAUAAGAAAAUUGCUGAUGCAGAUCUGUCCAGGAAGGAGUCUCCUAAGGGUAAAAAGGAAAGAGAAAAAGAGAAAGUGGACAUAGAAAAAAGUGCUAAAACCAAAGAAAAUAGGAAAAAAUCAACAAAUAUAAAGGAUGUUUCUAGUAAAGUGGCAUCCAGAGACAAAGAUGACAGAAAGGAAAGUAGAAGUUCUACCAGAUAUGCACACUUAACGAAGGGAAAUACCCAGAAAAGAAACUAAAGCUCUGGCUUCAUCAUCCCAGAACACGGUCGUGUUCCAGAUUGCAAUUUGUGACAAAAAAGCAUGGAAAAUGUAAUAUUGCUCUGAUUGGUGAGGGUGUGUAAAUUAGCCAUUGAAUGGAUCAUUGGCGCUCAGCAAGUAAAUUACCUGAAAUUUAAAUAUACCGUCUCAUGCUUCUAAAUGUAACAACAUUUUUAAGAUGUCAUAGAAUAUGAUGUAAUAACUUCUAUGUAUUGAUCAUGUAUUCAGACAAAUGUAUAUGUAUUGUGAAUUUUUAUGGAUUAAUAUAUUGAAUACUUUCAUUGAUGUUAAAUAAGAAUAUUAAGAUUUUAAAUGUUAUUUCUAUGCAUAAUGCCUUGUAACUUUUUCAAGUGUGCUAAAUACUCAGGGAGAUGGAUUUGCUCGUUGUUUUCUUCCCUCCUUCCCCUUCCUGCUUCCCUGUUUUUCUCUUUCUUGGGCACCUCCCCAGGCUCAUGUGCCACCACCUUCCCCCCUCUCCAGCCCUCCCAGCCCUCCCGCAACCUUUCAGGGGGCUGUUCCUCAGGCUUUUCAUGGGUUCUCCUUCCCCUUUUUCCUCUUAUCUCCCCUUUUUUAGUCUCCCUCCCCAAGUCUUAUACUCUCUCCUUUCCUUCACUCCUCACCUCACUGCUGCCCCUCACUCCUGCAUGCUUCUCACUCGUGACCUCCCUACAACAACCCCAGCCUUCUCCCAUCAUCCAGCACAUACUUAGUGCUUACCAUGUGCCACAUACACUGCUUGGAGAACUCUGGCCAUAGCCAUGAAUAAAGGGGAGAAUUGUAUUUAGAAGAACAAUUUCAGAACACUUUUAUUUGUGAUACCUUUAUAGUCUUAGAAUAACUAUAGAAAGGUUUUAAUUAUUUCAGAUUAGGAUGUACUUUCAUUUUAUAUCACACUUUUUUUCCAUUAUUUUGGUUGAAUGGCAUACAUUUUUCAUAUUUGAUUGUGUCAUUAUUGUUUACCAUUUCUAAGGAAUUGCAAAUGUAAUCUCUUAACUAGAGAUCAGAAUUUAGCACCUCAGAAAACAUUUAAUAAAGUGAAGUUUUAGUGAGAAAUUAAUUUUACAAGUGGUUUGUACUAUUCUGUGCCUCAAAUAUGAAAUAUCUAAUUGUGACUACUGUGAAAUGCAGUUGACAAUGAUAAAAUCUCUGUGGUAGCAUUUUUGAUUCUCUUAAUGUUAACCUUAUUAACAACAGAAUCAAAAAUGCUACCACAAAGAUUUUAUUUUCAAAUAAGGUUGUUAAUAACAGAAUCAAAAAUGCUACCACAAAGAUUUCAUUUUUUAAAACAUAUUUAUUUACUUUUUUAUGAAGAUCUUAAAAACGAGAUUUUUGACCUAAAGAUAUUUCAACUCAGAAUUGAGUAUGUUUAAGUGUAAAUAUUUCUAAAUGUAUUGUGCACCUUUUUCUUAGGUUAACGCCUUUUACUAUUUAAGGUCAUACUUUACGACAUUUAGUUGACAGAAAUUUCAACUUAAUAGAAUUAUACAACAGAGAAGAACUCCUAGAGAAUAUCUGAUAUCUUAAUAUAAUACUGUUAUUUUAUUGCUUAAAAAUUAAGUCCUGAAGAUAUUGUAAUGUGAUAACUUGGAGUUUUAUGUUUUGAUUAGUCAGGAUUUUGCCAUUUUUAUACAUUACAAGAACAUAGUAAACCAAAAAGGGAAUUUUACGGCUGCUUUGUUUGGCAGAUACAGGGCACUAACUUCAGAUGACUAGAUCUCAAGUCUAGACCUGGAAUCAGAGUUCUUUUUCCUCUUAGCUCACUUCCUAAGUCUUAACUGUGCUGGUUUCUGCCUGACUUACUCUAUUUGGAGAUGCUACCACUUGAUAACCAAGAUGGCCCUCAGCAGGUUCCAGACCAGUCUUUCUAGUUUACCAACCCCAGUGCAGAUGGCUCUGGGAGAGAGAAUUCCAGUUGGCCUAGUUAGGCCUGGUGAACAUCUGGGACCAUUUUUGUAGUUGAGGAUGGUGAUUCUUCCCAGGCGCAAACCUGUGCACAAAGCUUUGGAAUGAGAGUUGAGUGGGUCCCACUCAAACUUCAUCAAACGUAGGGCUACUGGGACAAGAAAGUGAGGCUUUGAGAACUGGACAAAACAAGAAGCAGAGCAUGUCCCCCAGGCAUAUGAAAGUUACACGAUUCUCAAACCAUAUCCCCGUGUUAGGUCUUUUCUCCUUAGAUAAAUGGAAUGUUUUUUUUUAAACUUACGUACAAUAUUUUAAGUGCUGUCUUCGCUAAAGAUUUUUUAUUCUCUCUGGAAGAAGGGCAAACAAUUAUAAACGAAUUUGUUGAGAGCAUUCUGGUAAUUUUUACCUUAGUUAAGUUCAAUGGCUAUGGGGCAGAAAAUACAUAAAUGCUAAAUUCUAAACAAAUCAGUGAAAAUAUUUUGGAAUAACCUAAUCAUCAAAAGCACAUAAGAAUUGUCUAUUGCUAUUUAGUAAAGUACUUUGAAAUGUUUUGGCUAUCUCAUUGAUUUUUCCUUUGACUGUUAGCUCAAGAAUUGAAACACCUCAACUAAAACAUUUAAAGAUCCUUUAAAAGCACUUGUAGACUAGAACUUGAUUUUUUCCCUUCUCUCUUCUUUUCCCCUUUUCUUCUCUUUUCUUUCUUUUUGUAAAUGUUUCAACUAACUUUUAUUGAAGUUGAAGUCACACUUUAUCCAACUGCAUUAACAUUUAACCUUCAACUAAAAACAAGCUUUCAGUCAUGAUUAGUGGAUUAAAAUCAUGCAUUGCACUCUCAGUUUUACACUUUUUAUUCAGUAGGUUGUUAUUUCUGUAUUGUUUGCUUCAUAUUGUUUUCUAAGUAUAAUUAAAACCAGAAAGGUUACCUUUUUAAAUAAGCCAGCUACAACAGGGACAAAAAAUUCACAAUACUAAGUAGUUGGGAGUCAGAAGCUGUUUUCGGGAAGACCUGAAAAGGGAAAAUUAAGUACUAAAAAUGUAAGUUUAUUUUGCCAUAUCCCUAACAACAUUUGAUUUAAAUUAUAUUGUGACAUGAUACUUACAGAUCUUUUAAAUGACAUUAUUGGCAUAUUUUUCUUAAACUUUGUAAGAAAAAGAUAACAUUUCACAUUUUAGUAGCACAAUCAUUGUUAAGAGAUAACAAUCAUUGUUAAGAGAUAGUCAAUUUUGUGAAAAUAUUUGAGUGCCAAUCAAUUUUUCCAGGAUGAUCUUCUAUCCUUUAAUAUUUAGAUACUUCCUUUUGAAGCACUUACAUCAUCAUUGAAUUUUUUGUCAUUUGUUGUGUCAUCUAAUUUCUGUUUCAUUUUCUAAUGGCUUUGUAUGUGAAUGAAUUUGAGUUAUUCCUAACAUCAUUGGUAGUCACUGUUUUGAAUUUUUUUUUUAAACAAGACUUUCAAUUUUACUUUAUAGGUAAUUUGCAUUGUAUAUAGAUGAUCCUCUCAAAAUUUCACAGUGAGAGACUGAUGAAGAAAUUGAUAUAAAUCAAUCAGUAUGAACACUGAAUUAAUCCAGAGGACUACUUAAGUAAAUUCUGUAGGUGGUUGCUUUAUUGAGAAUGUUUUGUAUUACGACCUGCUUAGCUAUGCAAGUUUGUAACUUCAGAGGUCCUCAUAAUGAUACUUGGAUAAUAAAGAUUCCCCAUAGACACUUCCAUUGAAAAAGAAAGGAAGUAAACAAGUAUCAUUUUUAAUUUGAAAUGUUUUAAGUUAACUGUAAUGUUAUUGUCCAUGAAAUGGAUCUGGUGACUUAGGCUGUAUCUCCUGACAUUGAUUUCUUUCUCCCGUGUCCUCAGUUUCUUCUCCUGUUAAUGUCCACUGGUAAUAAUUCUCAAAAUCGAUUGCUCAGAAUAUUCCAUUGUAAAAUGCAUCUUGGAAAUGGUUGUUUUCCUCAUUUGUAAAUUGAAGACAAUGCCUGUUCCUCAAGGUGGUUGUGAGAACCAGUCAAUGUUGCAUAUGUGUAAACAGUCAGCACAUGGUUGGGCGUUCAGUUUCUCUGUAUCAUUGGUAGAAUAAGAAUAGUAAUACUCGACCAAAAUGUCUCAGUCAGGGGUUAAAAACUUGGCAGCACUGAAACUGUGCUUCCUAUUCCUACUUUGGUCAACAGAUUGCAAAACAAAUAUUUAAGUCCUUUAUCCUUUGUAAUGAAUGUGUCUUUGUGAAAUGAGUAUAGUGGAACCUGAUUUAUUCUACUGAUAUCAUUGAGGGGGCAAAUGCAAAUAAUUAUAAAUGUUGCACAUGAGUGAAGCCGUAAGAAUACUUAAUUUUUAAAAGAAUAUUGUGACAACAUGAAAAUGCAAGAUAUAAAGGCUAGAAAAAAGUUACAAAAUAAACUAUAGCCUUAAGUAUAUGGUACAAUCGAGAAGCCUAAUAACCAGCCUAACUGUGAAAAACUUAUGUUUGUUUUGUAUUCAGAGCACAUUUUUCCAUAGAUGAGAUUUUAUGGUCUUUAGAUAUUUUUUUUUACUCUGGUCCACAAAAAUUGAUUUCAUUCUAAUAUCCAGUUCUGCAACUCUCAUUGUAACUAUGUUUCUAUGGAAAAUGCAUUUAUCAUUCUGCCUUGGGAUAUUAGGAAUACAUUUAGUUUUACUUCUGAAUGUUCUCCGGAAUUUCUUUGGUUACAUCCAUGGUGUUAAAUUCAUUCAGAUACCUUACAUGGACAAAAAUCAUGGAUUGGCUCACAUAAUUGUAAAGCCCAGGAGUAGUUUUGGCUUUUUUCUUUUGUUAUGCUGGAUCUAGGUGCUCGAACAAUGUUCUCAACCUCCAUCUGUCUAUGGACCCUCAGGAAUGUUGGCUUUCUUCUCAGGCAGAGUCUCGUGUGCUCAUCCUCAGCCCUACUCCUUAUGGGGUGGGAGAUAAGAAAGCUGUGAUUGGUGACACCCUGGGAUAUGUGAGUGCCCACUUUUAAACUGUUGGGUAAAGAAAAAUUGGAUUCCCCUAAGAAAGUUAGUGUGUUUUUACCAGAAGGAGGAGGAAUUGGUGCGCUGAAAGCAGGAAGAUGAUGGAGUUUGUUUCCCCUUUUUCUACCCAUCCCAUUCCUACUACUCCCUCUGCCCAAAUACAGAGAGGUGAAUGGGAUGGGCCAAAAUAGGUAUUUCAAAAUUAGAAGCUGUGGAGCUAAACAUUGGGUACUCAUGGGCAUAAAGAUGGAAACAGGAGACACUAGAACUUCUAGAGAGGGGAGAGAGGGAGGGAGACAAGGGUUGAAAAACUAACUGUUGGAUACUAUGCUCAUUACCUGAGUGAUGGAAUCAUUCAUAUUCUAAAUUUCAAUAUCACACAAUAUACCCAUGCAGCAAACUUGCGCGUGCUCCUUGAAUCUAAAUAGAAGUUGAGGUUAUAUUUAAAAAUUAAAAAAAAAUGCUAGGGAGAAGAGAGAGAUCUCAUUCCAAACAAUUAUUGGUCAACACUAGUUUUAGACCAUUGAAACAAUAUAAGAGAAUGUUGACCUGAUAAUAAAUAUUGCCAUUUAGAUGUCAGGUGAUAAAGUUGAUUUUGUUGUUAAGCUCUCUCCAUUUUGCCCUAUUCAGUUUAAAAGGAAAGUUUUUGUGUUUAGGAAACUAAAGGAUGGGUGAUAUGUAGCAGACCCAUAAGGUUAUUUUCAUGAAAAACCUAGCUUGGGCUAAUCUGAAAGAUUCCUCAAUAACAGUCUUUAGUGUCUUAUCCUUUCUUCUCCAUUUGCCUAAGAAUAUAAUUGUAUAAGCUAGAUGUUUAUUCCUUGGCUAUCAUUUUUACCUAGGAAUCAAUUUCUGCAAGAGCUCUGUAAGCCCUACAAAGCAGAAAGUCAUCCAUUUCUUUUUUCUUUGUUCUCAUUUAUUGCCUUAUUUGAUUUCACUUUGUGUAUCUAUUUAUUGCUCCAUGUUAAGUCAGGUAUGCAUACAUCAUAGAAGUCUGCCUCUCGUUUCCAUCUUCUUUGCCUUAUGUAUCACUUCUCUUGUGUCCUAUUAGAGGAAGAUGAUCUAUGCUUAAAGCUGUUGGGUUAUUUUUGAUAAUUAUGUAGCACCAACAUGCUGUGUCUAUAGUUCCCAUUUAUUGAUUCAACUAAUCUUUCUGAGUAUCUACAGCAUGCUGGGGACUGGGCAAGGCAUGGGGGAUACAAGAGAUUGAGGUGGCUGCAAUCCCUCCAGUGAAAUGCUAUAAAAUAAGCAAGGGGCUGAGAGAGAAAGUAAGGAGACUGGAACGAUUGUCAGUACAGCCCACUAGUCCCUCCGCCUAGAAUGUGCUCCUGAACGUGCCCCUGCUCUGUGUGGUGGGCUGCCUUUGCCUCUCUCAUGGGACCCAGCCCAGUCAUCACCUCUGCACUCAGACGUCCCUGACCCUUCCAAGUGGCUGCACCCUGCACACUCCAGUUAUCGCACUCAUCACCUUGCCUCAUUCCUGGACUUUGCUGCCAGACUACGAUUCAUCUCAAGCACCUAUCCUAGUAACUGACAUUAAUAGGCAUUCAGUGUUUGUUUAUUGAAUGGUGAAUAUACAAAACAAAUUAUCUAAAAAUAUUUCAGGUGUAUAUAUACCAUCAAAGAAUAUUAGGAAGAAGAAAACCGUGUGUGUGUUUUUAAAGAACCCAAAAGAUUGUUCCGUAAUUGCAGUGUUUUAACUACCUUGGAAGUUGCCUGUGACUGGCAGGGAGGAGGUAUAAAGAUUUUUUUAGAGAAAUAAAUGAAAUGGUACAUUUUUGGAAAAAUACUUAUUUAAAUUAUCUCAUUUAAUUCUUAAAGCCCUUCUUAGGGGUCCUGUUUUGUCCCCUUUUUGCAUUUGUGGAAACCAAAAAGUGUAGCUGUGGUUAACACUGAGAUAGAAUUCAAAUGGAAUUCAAAGGCAUCCUCUUGUCCCAGGUGCCUGAACUUACACACCAUGCUGAGUUGCAUGUCCUUGAACUGUAUUUUUCAUGAUGUUAAAGUGAGUCCACUCUCACCAGUCUUUGUUGAGUCCCUUCAUUGGUGCUGAAACCAGGCUCUUGGGAACCUUAUUGGCAGUGUUUAAUUCUUUUGUAAUUUAUGUCUGUUUGAAAUCUGUCUGUCCAGCUUGGGUUACAUGAAGAUGCUUUGAAUCUGGAAUGGCUCUUACUGCAUAUCAUGGGGCAUCUUUGAAUACCUGGUAGUCUCAGAAUUUUGGUAAGUUCCGAGACUGCUGUUGGUAUACUGAGGAAGAUCUGUAUUCACUGAUUAUACAAGCCAGGAGCAACAGUGAGGAUUAGCAUGGUUACCUAGUAUGCAUGCCUUUCUGGUGUAUUGAUUUUCCAGAAUAUUUCUCAAAUUUCAUAUACCUAUGAGCCUUAAUCUUGGGAUAAAUUGAUUUAUACUGCUAGGCUCCUUGCAAUUGAAACAGUACCACUUCUGAGCACUCACCCUGAGCACAGAUAACCAUAGCUGGAGUGACCUGGAUUAGUAAGGACACGUUUUCUUUCAUCUAUGCACCUUUGAAUUAGUAAACCAAAGAUUAAAACACUAAUUUUAAAAAACUUUUUAGCUUUUUAAUGGGUUAGGUGUAUGAAAUUCUAUGAAACAAAAUAAGUUUAUAAUUGUUUCCCAGGUUUUGUUGAGGGAGUGGCUUGCUUAUAACUCUUAGGAGAAGUAAAUCCUUUGUGUUCCCUCAAGUCACAAAGUAAAUCCUUUGUGUUCCCUCAAGUCACAAUUUGUGUUACAAUUGUCUACAGUAUUCGGUACAGUACGUGCUGUACAGUUUUGUAGCCUGGGAACAAUAGGAUAUUGCAUACAGUCUAGGUGUGUGCAGGCUAUACCUUCUAAGUUUGCCUGGGCACACUGCAGUGUUCCCACAGUGGUAAAAUUUCCUAAUGGCACAUUUCAAAAUGUGUUUCCACACGUUCCUCAGAAUGUAUCGCUGUUGUUAAGCAACACAUGACUGAACUUGCAGUUCCCUACCCGAAACACAUGUGUAACUUACAUAGCCACAUCCCUGAUUCCCUUCAGGUCUGUUCACAUGUUAUCAGUGAGUCCUUUUGCCAAAGUAGUAUGAAUAGUCCCCACCCCCACUUUUCCCUAAUGUGCUCCCUGUUCCGUGUCUUCCCCAUACCAUCUGUCCCCAUCCAAUAUACUCUAAAUAGUUCAUGUUUCUUAUUUUUUAAAUUGCUCUCUCCCCCAGAAGGUAGGUGUAUUGUUUUCAUUUACUAUAGAAUAAUGCCUUGAAUUAAUAGGUGCUAAGUAUUUGUUGAACGAUUGAAUGCAACGUUACAACUACUACAUAUUUAUGGAAAGAAAUAUAUUGAUUCUUUCUCGUUAUGGGCAGCAAUGAAUAAAGUAAGCUAAUCCUGGGUUUGGGUAUUUGUGUCAUUUAUCAUAUUUGCUAUGAGUGGUUGAUUUAAAGUGCUGAUUUGCUUUCCUAGCUUCAUCUAAUUUUAAUUAAAAUUGGAGGGGCAAUUAUAUAGUGAUUAAAUGCAAAUGUUUUUUAAUUUCCAUAUUUAUCUGAUGAACCUAAAGAACUAAAACCAAGGUACGUUUUAAGGGAAUUAAUGUGUUUUCCAAAUCAUGUUGUGGCCAUUGCUGUGGACUGGCAGUAUCUAUUCACCACACGUAAUGACUGGAAGGCAGCUGUGGACACCCUGUUCCUCUUGCCAGCACAGGAAUGGAAGUGGGUCCCAGUCCUGAUGAUUAACACUGAAAAGGAAGACUGCUGGCAGCUUCUGGAAAAGAUUUCCUCAAGCCUAAGAAAGAAGCAGAGCAAGAGAUGCUCCUUUUGCUUCUGGACAUCGGCUUGUCUAAAAAAGAAGCUUGCAGCUGGGGAGCUCUGAUUGCCAGCCUGAGGGUGAAGCUUGACCUGCGAUGCAGUCAGCCGCCUCCGCACUUCUUGUUUAGUUAGAUUUUAGAUUUCCUUCCUGCUCAACCAUUGUAAGCUGGCAGUUUGGUAACUGCAGCCCCAGGAACAUCAAAACCGACACAGCUCAUGUCAUAACCUAAUUUUGAAUAUUUAUUUCAUUGCUACAUCGUUGCCACUUGUACCUCAUAAUAAAUCCAUUUUGAAAACCUUU